AUGGAGAAGUCGAUCGUUUCACGUUGCAUCAGUUGCGGACGAUCGGGACCUGUUCGCGCCCGUGGCGUGCUGUAUCGUCCACCCGAGGCAGACCCCCGAGAUGUCCAGGAUGAAUUACGACUGGUAGUACCCACCACCCUGAGAGAGGACAUUUUACAUUAUGCCCACGAGGAUUUUCAGGGUGGACACCAGGGCAUCAAACGGACGCACGAAAAAUUGCGCUCCGAGUUCUAUUGGCCUGGGAUGUAUGCCGAUGUGGAACGACACGUAAAAGAAUGCGUGGAUUGUGCAAGUGGCAAGGGACAUCCAUCUAACCCUGGUCCAUCCCCGGGAAACAUCGAACCAAGGCGACCAUUUGAGGUAGUCUCGAUGGAUUUCGUGAGACACAUGCAAAAAUCUGAGCGGGGAAACACUUUCGUGCUCUUAUUCCAAGCUAUGUUCUCAUGA